AUGCACUCUCGCCUUGCUUUCCUCUUUGCUGGAGCCGCCUGCGCUCUCACACCCGUCCCGAACACCGCGCGACGACGGCGCGUGGUCUGUCGCGCGAGUGACUGGACGCAGAGCGAGGACUGGGCGCUCACGGACGGGGCCAAGCGGUUCACGAGGUCGUCGCGGACCGGCGACGAACGCCUCUUCUACGAAGACCUCGCGGCCUCGCUGGGGCCCGCGGCCGGCGCGCGCCCGGCGACGGAGUUACGGGCGCGCCUCGAGGCGCUCGGGUGCACGGCGCCGCCGCCGCCGCGCGUCCUCGAUGCCUGGCGCGAGGAGAGCGCCGGCGAGCGCUUCUCGGGCACGCUCGACGGCGACGUCACAGAGGUCGCGACGGCGAGAGUAUCAUUCCUCGGCGCUGAAGAGACCCGAUACGUGGAGACGACCGGCGGGGAGAUCAUACGGCUCGGAACGCCCGCGGACGCGCCCGCCGCUCCUGUAGAGUCGUCACUGCCGCCGCGGUUGUCGUUGACGGCGCCGACGCUUCCGCGCUGGGCGCCGCUCGCCGCGCUGCCGCUGGCGCUCCUGCUGCUCGCGGCCCGGUCCCUGGCGCCGCCGGAGGGGGCGGCGGGCACGUACCUGUACGAGUCCACGACGGUCGUCACGCAGCGGGCCUUCGACGACGAAGGUGACACGGUCGUCCGCGUGCAGAGGCGGCGCGCGACGCGCAGUAGCGAGGCACCGCAGACGCGCGUGCAGACCGAUACGGUCGUCCGGCGGACGGCGCGGGGCGACGACGGCACGCUCGUCAAGACGACGACGCGGGAUCGGGCCGUCAACCCGACCUUCGACGCGGAACCGCGGCCCGCGACGAGUGCCGAGAUGUCGGCGCUCCUGCGACCAAAGGGCGCGCUGCCUCCGGCAACGGGAACGCCCUCGUCGGCGGCCACGCCCACGCCAGACGUCGACAACCCCCCGUGAUUUAUAUGUUUUAUACUGGUAUACCUAGGUACCCAUAUUACAGCGGUGCGGCGCGGCAGCGUCUGCAGCGCAGCGUCGCAGCUGCGACGCCACGCGCCACAGGCAAGGGCAGCGCUAAAGCAGCGCUGAAGCAGGAGCGCUGGCCACGGCAGCCCGAAAUGGAGCGGCUGCUGUUGUUUCUCGCAGUGGCAUGCUUGGCAUGCUUGGUGUGUGGCGUGCCCGCGGCCGAGCUGGCGGAAUGGAUUGAUGCGUUGAGCUCGCCCUCUGACCGGCGCGCGAUGGCCGCCGACUACUGCGCCUCGCGCGCGGAGGCCGGCGAGUCGGAAGAAGCGUGCCGCCGGAGGAUCGCGGCCGGGCUCGAGCGGGCCCGCGGCGCGCUCGCGGGCCCGCCCGCGCGGCCGCCGGCGAUGGAGGUGGACGCCACCGGCCGCGUGCUGGCGACGGUGCAGCUGCUGGCGCUGGACCCCGCGACGCGCCGGCUUGCGCUGCCUCCUGGGAAGCGCCGGCUCUGGGUCGAGGUGGGCGCGAGCCGGCGGAACCUCGUCGCGGACCACGAGGCGCGCUGCCUGGCGGACGAUGAUGUUUUUAUUGUCUCCUUCGAGCCGCUCCUCGCGGACUACUUCUUCGCUUCUAUGAAACCCAACGGCGCGCGCGGGCCCCGCGCCUGGGACGACCCCGGCGGCCCGCUGGCGGCGCUGCGCGGCGACCCACGCCGCGGCGUCGUGCUCCCGUUCGCCGUGGCGGACAGCGACGGCCUCCUGGACUUCCGCGUGUCCGAGAACCAGGGCUGCUCCUCAAUUCUGAAAGCCGCGCCCGGCAUCCACGGCCACGACCCCGCGCUGUACGCGGCGACGAGCGCCUGCGCCAACAUGACAGAAAUGCGCCGCGUCCCGGCGCUCUCUUUGUCUACACUCUUCGAGGAGCUCCUGCCCGCGGGCGCGCGCAUCGACUUCCUCAAGGUCGACACGCAGGGCACCGCGCUGGACAUCCUGCGGUCCGCCGGGGCCCACUCUUCAAAAGUCGACGCGGUCAUGGUCGACGCGCUCGUCGACGGCGCGCGCCCGCUCUACGAGGGCCAGAACACGUGCGCCGAGACGGCGACGCUAUUCGAGGCCUCCGGCUUCGCCGUCGCGCGCGACGCGGCGGGCGAGGCCGCCGUCUGCGCCCAGGCGACCGCCUUCCACCGCGCCUACGACCCGACCGCCGAGUUCGGCGCCGGCGCGCGGGAGCUCAACUUCUUCGCCGCGCGCGACCCGGAGCGACGGCGGCCCGCGUGCGCGCUCAUGUUCCAGACCCUCGAGGUCGACGACUACCUCUCCGCGGGCCAGCCCGCCCAGCUCCCCGGCUGCGACCGACCGGGCGAGCGCUGCCACCACUGCGAGGACAAUGGCGGGACCUGCCACAUCUAUUUCGACGAAAACACCUGCACCUGCCGCUUCCAUCUUUAG